GUUAAUCAAUUCAUAACAGAAUCCCUCACACAUGCAUCAAAUUGAAACAAACUCAAAUCCCUAACGCGCAUAAUCCACCAUAAACGGAACCCGCUUCCUUCUCUCUUUCCCUCGUUGUGUGCGUGUUAAUUUGUUUUUCCCAUUAACCACGUUUUAGGAGAACUUCUGAACAAAUAUUCUACCAUUUGGAUCAAAACUCCAAUUUUGAUGCCUUUUCACAGCUCAUAUUCAUCAAAAAGAAGAAAUUUGGAAAGUUAACCCAUCUAAUUAACCCUUCAUAAUCUCAAUUUUCUCCCAUAAAAAAAAUUAAACCCAUUAUAGGUUAACAAUGGACGAUGAUAAAGAAGAAACAUUGAUCUGGGUCUCAGCACAUAACAUUUGAUCACAUUCCACACACAGUUUUUGUGCUGAGAAGACAGAAAUUAAAUGCCUGUGGCGCCUGAUCCGAGUUCCGGGCGCAUCUUCAUAUGGAUCACUGCGUGUUUCUUGUUCACCUGCGUCCUCGCUGGAGGAGGGUGCCUCGUGGAAUACAUGAUUCUUCCCGCGUCAGAAGUUCCACCUUGGAUUCCCCUUCUAGGGUUCACACUGGUUAGUCUACCCUGGGUUUUUUGGCUUCUCACUUUCUUGUACCGGAUUCUCUCGCGGUGUUGUGGAUGUAGAUUUGGUUUUGGUGUUGCAAGAGAGGGAUCAAGAGGCGGUAACAGUGAUGGUGCAAGUGCACCCGGGGAAGCAAAUAAUAAUAACAAUAAUAAUGGUAUGAAUAGGACGUUAUCUGCUGCUUCACAUGAGAGUCAAUUGCCAUUGGCAAAGUCAAUGGCCUAGCUAGCCCUUGAUCAAAUUGGUAAUUGU